GGUUGUCACCCUAUGUCUCCAGCCUCCCCUCAGAGGCUUCCCUAAGAGCCUAAGUUGGAUAAACAGUUAAGUGAGCAAGAAGCAGGAUCAGGCUGCCACACAAACACUUCUGACCUACGUAUCAAGACACUAUGGAAAAGGGACAGGGACCCCAUAACGGAAUGCCAAUGCCACCAUACCCGGGUAUGCCUUUGGACAGCGGUGCAGGAGUCUCCCAUCCUGCAGUUCAACCUGUUGUUCAGCCUGCUGCUCAGAUUGCAUUGCCAGCACCACCAUACCCGGGUCCCCCUUUGGACUACAAUGCAGGAGUCUCCAUGCCUGUUGUCCAGCCUGUUUUUCAGCCUGUUGUCCAGCCUGGUGUUCAGCCUGGUUUCCAGCCUGGUGUUCAGCCUGGUGUUCAGCCUGGUGUUCAGCCUGUUGUCCAGCCUGGUGUCCAGCCUGGUGUCCAGCCUGGUGUUCAGCCUGUUGUCCAGCCUGUUGUCCAGCCUGGUGUUCAGCCUGUUGUCCAGCCUGUUGUCCAGCCUGGUGUCCAGCCUGGUGUUCAGACUGUCCAACAGCCUGCUUACCAACACAAGGCACAACAAGCUCAGGUCACACAGCCAGUGAGUCAGGUUGUCGUGAUGCAGAGUCAUCUCCCAAGAGAUGUUUCUGGACAGAUGAUGUGUCCUCACUGCCAAACCAACGUUGUGACUAGAUCCGAGCACAAAUUCGGGUUGCUCACCUGGAUCAUUUUUGGCGUAUUACUAAUCAUUGGUUGCUGGCCUUGCUGUUUGAUCCCCUUCUGCGUGACUGAUUGCCAGGAUGUGGAGCAUUGCUGCCCCACCUGCAACAGAAUUAUCCACGUCCACAGGCGCCUGUGAAGCAGAACUGCAAUAUAAACUCUACUGAAGUAAGAGCAGCAGGGCUACUCUGUGCAAACAGCCAUCAUCUGUAUGUAAACACAUUUUACCUACAUGUUACUGGACAUACUGAAUGUGUAGGUAUAGUAUAUGUCUAUAGCU